GGAUCACCAGGAUUUGUUUAUGCGCGCACAAGCGUGGAGAGAUCUGCUCUGCUGAGGAUGUCUUCUGUUUCACUAGGUGGAGUAGAGUGAAGCGGCCGCAGCCAUGAGAUGCCUCUGGAUGGUUUUGGUCUAUCUGCCGCUCACAGGUUGGUGCACGCCCGUCAUUUCUCCCCCUGGGCCUCACGUCGUCGUGCCCAAGAAGGGGAAGCUGGAGCUGCGUUGCCAUGAAAACACAACAACGCCUGGUAUCCCAUCCAGGGUGAGAUGGAUGAGGGAGAAGUCUCGCAGGCUGGAGGGAGAAACUGAGGAAGGCGGCGUCGCUCUCCUCAGGGUCCCGUCAGCUUUAGCCUCCCACAUGGGCCGUUAUGUCUGCGUGAACAACAACACCAAGGAACACAGCUCCAUAUACGUCUAUGUAAAGGACCCGCUGAGUGCUUUCCAGCGCAGCAUGGUGAACGUCAUCCUGGUCCGUGCCGGCGAGAACUGCACGAUCCCCUGUCUCGUGACCGACCCAGGGGUCACGUCGCUGUCUUUGAAGACAUGUGACGGGUCACCUUUGCCCCUCGGCCUGAAGUACCAGAGCGACCUGGAGCGAGGCAUCAUCAUCGGCAACGCGAUCAAGGAAUACGACGGGUGUUACGUGUGCGUGGGGCAACUGGGAAAAGACAAUCUGGUCAUAUCCAGUCAGUACACUGUGGAUGUGAGACUUGCGCCAGAGGCGCCGCCGGUCGUCUUGCUCUCCCAAAAAGGUUCAGUGAUCUUGAAGAAAGGAGAGAAGCUUGAGUCGACGUGCAGCUCCACCAACGUCAACCCAGAGUUCAGCCUCCAGUGGGAGUUUCCUUCAGCCUCGCACCCUGAAGAAUCUCAGAGCUCGCACAUCCUGUCGGGGUCCCGUGUGUACCAGCGGACCACGACUCUCCUCAUCAGAUCCGUCCAACUGUCUGACUCUGGGAUCUACACGUGUUCCGCUCGGAACGAGAGAGGGUCCAGCGCCGGCCUGCUGCAGCUGGACGUCUAUGAUCAGGGAUUCAUCACUGUGGUGGGCAGCAAGAGUCCGGUCCAUGCCGUAGUCAAGGAGGGGGAGAGCCUGAACCUCAGAGUCCAGUGUGACUCCUACCCGGCCCCCACCUCUCUGUUUUGGUCCUACAACGGCAGGAAACUCCUCAACACCUCUGAGCAUGUGAUCAGCGUGCACCGCCACCGAUACAGGUAUGUGAGCGUGCUGCGACUGGUGAGGGUCGUCGGUUCAGAGGGUGGGGUGUACAAGUUCUCAGCCAGUCACGAAGACGCCUCUGUCACCCAUUCAUUCCAUGUUUACGUCAACGUCAAACCAGCCAUCGUCGCUAAGGAGGGGCCUGUUGACGGACAGGUGCGCUGCGUGGCCGCCGGCUUCCCCGUGCCGAAAAUCAGCUGGUUCUUCUGUGAUGUACCACACUCUAGGUGCUCCCGCCUCCCUAAUGCCACACAAUGGGAGACCCCGGACGUCACCAUGGUUACCGAGUCGCAGUUUGGGCGGGGUGAGGUGGAGAGCCGACUUAACAUCAGCAAGGAACACGCGCGCUACAACACACUGGAGUGUGUGGCCUCCACAGAAGGAGACGAAGCCUACACGCUGUUCUCCAUAAGCGAACGAGUGGUUCCUCAUAAACUCUUCACCCCUGUUUUAAUUGCCACCGUGGCCAUCGGCUUCCUGCUCCUUGUCUUCGUGGUUGUGCUGCUCUAUAAGUACAUGCGGAAACCAAAAUUCCAAAUCCAGUGGAAGGUCAUUGAGAGCAUCCAUGGCAACAACUACAUCUACAUUGACCCCACCCAGCUUCCCUACGACCCCAAAUGGGAGUUCUCUCGACAGAAGCUGCGCUUAGGAAAGACUCUGGGCUCCGGAGCCUUCGGGAAGGUGGUGAGAGCGACAGCGUACGGACUGUGCUCGGCCGACACGGUGACGACCGUCGCGGUGAAGAUGCUGAAGCCCAACGCUCACUCCACGGAGAAGGAGGCGCUGAUGUCAGAGCUGAAGGUUCUCAGUUACCUUGGGAACCAUGUGAAUAUCGUGAAUCUGCUGGGAGCGUGCACGGUGGGAGGCCCACUUUUGGUCAUCACCGAGUACUGUUGCUAUGGCGACCUCCUCAACUUUCUGCGGCGGAAAAGGCCAUGUUUCCUCAACUCUGGGCUGGAUGACGGUUACUAUCGCAAUGUGGCCAACGGAGUGGAGAACUUGGGGAGAGAGUCCACUGCGAACGGAUACACACCUAUGAAACCGUCUGAGAAGGGAAGGUCGUCUCAGUCAGGUAGCGUCCUGGAUCAGAAUGAGGACCAGGUCCGUCGGCUAACGCUGCUGCUUAACGUCCCGCUAGAUGACCUUGUGGAUGAGCUGUCUCUGGAUGCAGAAGACCUCCUCAGCUUCUCCUUCCAGGUGGCAAAAGGAAUGGAGUACAUCACUUCUAAAAAUUGUAUUCACAGGGAUCUUGCUGCGAGAAAUAUACUGUUGACUCAUGGCAGGGUUGCUAAAAUUUGUGACUUUGGAUUGGCGCGGGACAUCACCACGGAUGCCAGCUACGUGCUCAGAGGCAACGCGCGUCUUCCGGUCAAGUGGAUGUCUCCUGAGAGCAUCUUCGACUGCGUCUACACCUUUGAGAGCGACGUGUGGUCGUACGGCAUCCUCCUGUGGGAAAUCUUCUCCCUGGGAAACAGCCCCUAUCCCGGGAUGCAGGUUGGAUCGGCGUUUUAUCGGAUGAUCCAGGAAGGUCAGAGGAUGAGCAGGCCGCAGUUCGCCCCCGCUGAGAUGUACGACAUGAUGCUGUCCUGCUGGAACCAAGACCCUCUGAAGAGGCCUUCUUUCAGGAAGCUGGUGGAGAAGACCGAAGCGUUGCUGUCAGAGAACACCAGGAAUGUGUACCUGACGCUGAGUGUCACGUCAAGCGCGGCCGAUCAACAGAGGGCGGCGUCGCGGCGGCUGAGCUCCGUGUGCAGCACCACCGCACCCACCCAGCCUUUACUGCAGAGCACCGCCGACGUCUUUUUGGACUACGUGUGAGAGAAACGCACGCGACUUGUGACCCGACUGCUGCAACACAUUCCUGAAAGGUGGUGACCCUGGAUAGGCACAUUCGGCUAGGCCCGGCCACACCCUCACACCUGCCCCCGCCCAACUGUCUGCUCUUGUUUGGAGUGCGCAGUGAGAGAGGAGCGUCGCCUCAGAGGGCGGAGCCAUUCAGACUACUAACCUCAGCUACUAAACCUGACCUGGGUGUGAAGAAUGUCUGCUUCCCAUGCACAUUCUCAGCGCUCCUGCACCAACCACCCGUGCUUUAUCUAACACCACAGUUCCUUUGGUGUUCAGCUGAUCUUUGUGGGCUUUUGUCAGACAAUCAAAACGACUUCAUUCACCAGUUUCAUUGUCUAAAACGUACCAAAAUCAAUUCAUGUUUUUCAGGAUCUGACCUCCUUAUAAAGGAUCCACAAAGCUAGUUCCUGGGGUCUGGACGUGGUCCAAAGCGAGUGAAACGGUUGACCACUUUUUUCUUUGCUCCAUCCAAUUUGAAUGUCUCGCUCUUACAGGUGUGUUACUCACCGUUCAUUUUAGCAUUUUAGAGAGUUUUAGUUUUCAUUCUCGGACAUGUAGUUAAAUGUGGUGUAGUAUCUGUGGUGGAAUGAAUGUGGAUGUGGAGUCAUCAAACUGGUAGUUAAAGUCGUAGUAGUCAGUGAGACUGAGACUGACCGAACUAGUUACAGACAAUCCAAGCACCUGAAGAAUGAUCAGAGUGAUUUGAGUUUGUGUCUUCGGAACAUCAAAAGUUUUACAUCAAGAUUUGAGCGAAAAAAAAUGGCAAAUUACAACCCCCCGCCGUGGCUUUUAAAAACACUUAUUCAAACCCUAACACUCAGUAGUUGUGCCAGCAUGUGAAUAUUUGAGCCAUAACAAAAGUUAUGCAGUAAAAACAACGGACUACUGCUUCCUCAACCAAUACUGUGAGAUACCAUUGUUGCUGUUCGUGUUGUGGUGAUAGUUUGUAUAUAGUCUGAUCAAAGCCACGCAUUUAGGACGAAUCCUGUGCCCCUGUGAUGUCAAAGCUGUAUGCGAUGUCAAUAGAGAUAUGUGCCUUUAGAUCUUUUUAUUUAUCUUCUUUCUUUUUGUUACUCGUGAAAAGGUGAGAGCACAGGAGAGGCGCGGUGCCGAGCGUUUUGAUACUGUUGGUUGACUU